AUGGAUCCGGUCAAAUUGGCCAAAGGACUAGCGGAUGUGCAUCUACGAUCUGUAUCUCCAACAGGCAAAUUCGGCUUCCACCUCUCGACGUGCCAUGGGCGGGUAACUCAGGCUGUCGAUACAUGGGAGGUCUCCUGGUGUGCGCUGUUCAGUAAGCACCUAGGCCAUGUCAUGGAGCUGGCGAAGCCAAUUCUCAACUGGCCAGCAUUCGACGCGGUAUGCGAUCUCACCCUCCGGAAGGUAGUGCCACGUCUAUUGUUACCUCUCCAAGAAAAAGGCCGGAUCUUGAAACCGUGCCUGAUCCACGGCGAUUGCUGGGAUGGUAACACGGCGAUCGACGCCAAGACUGGCGAGGCUUUCGUUUUCGAUGUGGCUUCUUUCUACGGGCACAACGAGUACGACAUUGGCAAUUGGAGAGCACCGCGCCACCGCGUGAGUAGCAAGGCCUAUAACGACAGCUACAAAUGUCAUUUCCCAGUGUCCGAACCUGUCGAAGAUUGGGACGCGCGGAAUCGUCUGUAUUCGUUGACAUUCAACAUCGGCAAUGCGAUGUAUGUCCCCGAGUCACAGCAGCGCCAAGUCGUAUUCGAUGAUAUGAGUACCCUAUGUCAGCUCUUCUGUCCGGGCGAUCUGCAAGCCACGAUGGAGAAGCUCUCGGAACACAGUGCGGUCGGCAAGGAGCUGCAGAAUUAUUGA